AUGGGUAUAUCCAUGAGACAGAUGAAGUCCCCAAUCAUGCAUCAUCGCCAGGAAAACCGUGAUGAAGUCAAAUUACCAAGGAAAAGUGACCGCUUGCGAAUACCAGACAGCUAUGAGUUAUCCUGUAACCGACUACGAUCAAUGCACUUCAAAUUGCACAAGAAACCAGAACUUCUCAAUGAAUAUGACCAGAUUAUUAAGGAACAGCUUUCGUCCGGUAUCAUCGAAAAAGUUCCAGAGAAGAAAAUUAAAGAUCGAGAACACAAAGAUGUACAUUAUCUGUACCACACCAUAUGCAGUUACACGACAAAACCCAGAGACAACUAAGCAACGUGCCGCACAUGAUGGUUCGGCCAAAUCACAAGGUAAAGAAUAUGCGCUGAAUGAUUGUUCAGAGACAGGACCAAACUAUAUCCCGCAGUUGCUCGAUGUUUUACUACGAUUCCAUUGGAAUCCCUUGCAGUCUGGGCAGAUAUAGAGAAAGCCUUUUUGAUGGUUGCCAUUCAUCCCCAAGAGCGAGAUAUGCCACGCUUUCUGUGGAUGAAGAAUCAUCAAGGGGAAUUCAUUCACCUACGAUUUUGCCGCCUGAUGUUUGGAUUGCGACCGUCUCCAUUUAUAUUACAGUAGGUGCAGUCCUUGAUCAUCAUUUGGAUAGAAAUAAGAAACGUGAUGCUGAUCCUGUUGAAUUGAUAAAGAAAUCUAUGUAUGUCGAUGACUUUUAUCUUCUCAACGGCUCGAGUUUAUCAAUAAAGAAGAGGAUUAAAGAUUUAAAGCCUAAAUAAUUCUACGUCCAUCAGUAAGGAGCCUGAAGGAAGUGUAACAGAAGAAGACGAAUCCUACACUAAAUCAACAGUUGGCACCAGCGCUCGUAAUGAAGAGAAGUUAGUGAAGGUACAUGGGGUUGGUCCAACUAGCAAGAUUCUCUCCCUUUAA